UCAAAUUGUAAUAGCUGACGAAGAUAAAGACAGCCAGCGGUUCCUCUGGAGAAAUGGAGACCCAUCUAAGCCGGUGGAAAUCUUCAGGAUGGAGCGAAUGAUUUUCGGAGCUACUUGUUCACCCACGAUAGCGCAGUGCGUAAAAAACGUUAAUGCCAAGAAAUUUGCGGCAGUGAGCCCACGUGUCGUGCACGCUAUCACUGAAGGGCACUAUGUGGACGACUACGUCGAUUGUUUUCAAACAGAGAAAGAGGCUCUAAUAGUAGUACCGGAAGUUAUUCGAAUUCAUCGAACUGGCGGUUUCGUGUUACGAAACAUAAUUUCUAAUUCGGAAAAAUUAAAAACAGCAUGUGGGAGCUCUGCAAGCACUGCAGGUGAUGUGUGCAUUGAAAAAGAAGCGGAUAGAAUAUUAGGCAUGCACUGAUUUUCAAAACCAGAUGUUUUUGCAUACAUCUUGCGACUACAUAAAGUCCCACCAGAAAU